AUGGCAUGCUCACUCCCACAAGCCAAUGGCACGGUGCCUUUCUGGCGCCUUGAGCCACAGGAGCUGGACAACUUCCGGUCCACGCCCAACCUUCCGGACAAAAGCGACAUAGUCAUCAUAGGUGGAGGGUAUAGUGCUGCAGCACUCGUCACACAUAUUCAGAGAGAGUAUCCCAAUCACCCAUCAAUUUUGGUUCUCGAGGCUCGUCAGCUAUGCUCCGGAGCAUCGGGGCGAAACGGUGGCCACAUCAAGCCUGAUCCAUAUCUGCAUGCGUCCGCGAUCGCCACUGAGUAUGGACUUGCUGCAGGGGCGGAAGUCGCUGAUUUCGAAGUCGCAAAUUUGAACGCCGUGAAGGAGUAUAUCGAACUUGAAGGUGUCGACUGCGACUUCAUCGUCACCAGAGCGUGCGAUGUUCACUUCUCUAGCGGUCAGGAUAUGAAAAUCAAGGAGAGCUUGCGUAGGCUCAAAGCAGCGGGAGUUGCCGCCGCUAAAACGGCGUCUGAAGUGGAGGAGACCCAUGCUGAGAAUGUAUCAGGCGUGAAAGGGGCCAAGGGAUGCAUCAGCUACACCGCUGCACAUCUCUGGCCGUACAAAUUAAUUCACCACAUGUUCACCAAGGCGCUCAAACAUGGCGGUCUCAACCUCCAGACAAAUACUUGUGCGACUUCUGUCCUUCCCGCUGCCAACUCCCAAAGCGGCUGGACGAUCCAGACAAACCGGGGCCCUGUCGAGGCCGGCAAGGUCAUCGUUGCCUCAAACGGUUACACCCCGGCUUUAUUGCCUGAGUAUUGGGAGCAAAUCAUUCCAUACCGUGCCGUGAGCUGCUAUAUCAAGACACCCGGCCCAGCACCACUUCUUGUCAAUACAUAUGCCCUCCGAUUCAAAGAUUGGGAUUUUGACUAUCUCAUUCCUCGACCUGAUGGCAGCAUCGUUGUGGGAGGGGCUCGCUCAGCCUACUUUCGCAACAAAGACCUGUGGUAUAAUAACGCGAAUGAUGCCGACGUCAUUGAACAAACACGCGGAUACUUUGACGGAUACAUGCAACGACACUUCCGUGGAUGGGAGAACAGCGGCGCAGAGGUCUCGGAAAUAUGGACUGGCAUCAUGGGAUAUUCCCGUGAUAAAAUUCCCAGAUUGGGACCCAUACCAGGAAGGCCAGGAAUGUUCAUCAUGGCGGGAUGGACGGGUCACGGCAUGCCUCAAAUCUUUUUGGCAGCUAAGGGAAUGGCAGACAUGGUAGUAAACGAUGUGCCCUUCCACGAAACGGGGUUGCCACGUGUUUUCGAGGAGACUGCAGAUCGCUUACAGAACGCCCCGAACAAAGUGCUGGAGUCCUGGUAUCAGGCUACUCAGACCCCGCGGCUAUGA